AUGUCACGACCCAUGAACGAUGAAGAAGUCGCGAGCGAGUUGAACAAGAUGGUCGCGUUCAUUCGUCAGGAAGCCAUGGAAAAGGCACGAGAGAUCAAGGCCAAGAUCGUACGUGCAGAAACCCUCGCGAUCGACGCCGAAUACGCAAAGAAGAGGAAACAGGCCGAGACGGCGGUCAAGAUUGCCCAGUCGACGCAAACGAACAAGUCUCGUCUCAAGCUUCUCCACGCGCGAGAACAGCAUCUCUCUGAGCUCUUUACAAACGCACGCAAUCAGCUCCUCGAGCUCUCCAAGGACGAGCAAAAGUACGAGGAUUUGUUGAAGAGCAUCAUUGUUCAGGGUCUCCUUUCACUCUUGGAGCCUUCUGCAACCGUUUCAGCGCGUCCGAAGGAUGUUGGACUAGUAGAGAAAGCUGUGCAGGCUGCGCAAGCUGAGUAUAAGGAGAUCAGUGGACGGGAUGUGGAAGUUAAGGUUGAAGAUACCCUUCCCGAGAACAGUGCGGGUGGUGUGAGGCUUGUCAGCGGUAACCGACGCAUUACGAUUGACAACACUUUGGAUGAAAGGUUGAGACUUUUGGAAGAUCGCAUGCUCCCCGAGAUUCGCACGGACCUCUUUGGCAAGAACGAGAACCGCAAGUUCUACUCUUAG